AUGUCGCUUCCUUAUAAGAAGGCCCUCAUUGUCGGUGCCACGUCGGGCAUUGGCGAGGCGCUGGCCAUCAAGCUCGCCGAGAACGGAACGCACGUCGUGGCCGUCGGCCGGCGCGAGGACCGUCUUCAGGCGCUGGUCGGCAAGGCUCCCAAAGGCACCAUCACGACCAUGAUCCUCGACAUUACGGAGUUGUCGGCCAUUUCGACCUUUGCGGCUGUUGUGACGUCCGCGCACCCGGAUCUCGACGCCGUGAUCCUCAACAGCGGUGUGCAGCGCGCAUUCGACUUUGGCCAGCCGGCGACGGUGGACCUCGCCAUGGUCGAGCUCGAGCUCAGGACCAACUACACGGCCUACGUCUAUCUGGUGACGGCCUUUCUGCCGCACCUGCAGGCCCUCACCAAGAGCGGCACCAAGGCCCACCUCAUCUUUAUCAGCGCGACGCUUGGCCUCGUGCCCUCGCUCGUGCGCACGCCCAACUACAACGCCAGCAAGGCCGCGCUGCAUUCGUUCAUCACGACGAUGCGGCAGCAGCAGAUCGAUGCCGGCUUCGGGGAGCUGCGCGUGGUCGAGGUGUUCCCGCCGGCCGUUCAGACGGAGCUGCACGAUACCGUGCACCAGCCAGACCUGGAGAACGGCGGCCAGCUCGGCAUGCCGCUGGCUGCGUUUACCAACGAGCUGGUGACGAAGCUGGCAGAGGAUCCCAAGCUGUGGGUCGGUAUUGGCCCGGCUGAGACGCUGAUUUCAGAAGGUGGGCUCGAGGACCAGCGGCAGAAGCUGUUUGAGUCGCAGCAGGUGCACAUCAAGGCCGCCCUCAGCAAGUUUCUGAAGAAGUAA